GGCGGUACAUCUAGUGGAGGAAUGUUUUCCCUUUAUCGUUCCUGAGCUACAGUCAACUGCAUUCAUUGAUAAGUGUUGCCUAACCAGAGACUCGUCAGCUGAGCCGAGUGUAUCCCAGGGUUAUCCACUGGUUCGUCGUCUAAAAGAAUGCAGCUGGGGGGCGGGAGAUAUGUUCUAUUUGGUAGCGGUUAUGCGUUGGUGUCUUCGAACAUGGAAUACUCUUGCCCGUGACCCCCAUGCUGACACUUUCACGGAUUAUCCUACUGUAUGGGAUCGUUCGGAUCUGUUAGUUGUCAUUCGUAGUGACCAACAAUCUUGUCCCAGUUUACCCCCCUCUAGUGAUGUAGGUCGGGGAACAGGGCCUUACUUCCGUAUUCAUGAUGUUGUUCACCUUCGUUCCGCAGGACCAACGGGGAUUAUUGAGUAUAAACCUUAUGUUUCAUCGUAUAUGCGGGAUGUUCUCCUCAGAGACAUCCAUCGUUCUAACGACCAUUGCUCUCCUUCGUAUUCGCGGUCUCAGCUGCUCACUGGGUAUUGUAGUACCCGUGUCACUAUAGCAGCCAGACAGAUUUGUAGAAAACAGUGCGCUUUAUGUAUUCGUUUCGCCCGUAAGGCUAGAUGGACAUUACCGGUUGGGGGACCGAUGUUCGAUAUUCGUACUCUUCUAACAUCUCCUUCGUAUCGGCCUUACGAGGCCAUUGGAAUCGAUUAUGUCACUAUUGAGGGUGUUAAAGUAGUGAGCUUCUGUUGUGUGGCUACGCGCCAUAUGACUCUUAUUUACACUCCCACGGAAUCUACUACGGGUCUUAUCAUGGCGUUCCAAGAGUUUAUGAUGUUAUGGGGGACCCCCCGGUUGGUCCUCAGUGAUAGAGCAUCCUACUUCAAGAGUGUCCAAUGGAAUCAGUUCCUUAAGGGUCACAAUAUUCUCUCUUGGUUGAACGCUGCCGUUGCUCCGUGGGAAGGGUCUUAUUAUGAAAGACUGCAUGGCGUUGUAAGGACUAUUCUCAGACCGAUGUUGUUGAUACCCUAUACCCGUCGUAUGCUCCGGGAGUUUGACCCCCGGAGUGUGCAGGAUGUUCGUUCGUUACGUCUGCUCCUGCUCGAGGUAUCUUUGCUGCUCAACACCCGUCCUCUGACUAUCGAUUGUGAGGAUGGGGUCAUAACUCCUGACUCUCUGGUCCAGGGGUACACUCGGUCUACGUCCACCUCUUCAUUGCCAACUCCUAUUGUUGAAGCAGACGAAGUUAUUCCGGCCGUACCCGAUCCGGUGGGCGCAGCGGCUGUAAAUAUCAGUCCUUCUGCUGCAGUCCUUCCUUCUCGUGGACCCGAUACUGCUCCUCGUCGGGUUGCAGCUGUACGUAGGGUGUUCCUCGAUUACCACUUCCGGCGGUUAAAGGAGCGUAGUAACGCUCAGUAUCACUCUAACGGUCAGUGGAAAGUUUUCGAAGUUGGUGCACCUGUAUUUGUUCAAGCCGCUAAAUCUAUCGUGCCGGCCCGUAUUCUGGAAGCUUAUCCGGCGCGUGAUGGGGUUGUUCGUCGAUAUAAAGUAAGGUUUCUUCGAAGUGAGCAUGAAACGGUGAUCAGUCAUGCAAACAUCGCUGCUGCUUUCCCGUGGGAGACCUUAGUUUCGGAUGACGACUUGUGAGUAGUUAUCGAUGUCUUAUUCAACUCGUAUUUUCUUUAUUCUCUGUCUUAUAGCCUGACUGAUCAGGGGGGCGUAUAUUGAUGCUCGACCAGUCCGUGCGGCAGAGAGCGUCACCUUUUUGUGCAUGCGUACAGACUUUCUCCUUGUGCUCGCGUACAAGUGUGAGCAUAGGAUACAUUCCGUACUAUUGAUCUUGAGCAUUGAGCGUUACUAGCUCGUAAGUCCGUAGCCAUCUUGGCUCAAGGUCUCAGUG